AUGGAAAUGGAAACGAACCUUUCGUCGAACCAGUCCACAAUGGAGGAUCAAGUCGUAAAAGGGGAGCUAAACCAGUCUCAAGAGAAGAUAGAAAUGCAAUUGAAUGUUGUCCAGCUGUUGUUAUUAUCUGAUAAACCAUUGAUCCAAUCAACAACUGAACUUCUUCUUCCAUCCGUUGAUCUUCUCUCCAAUGUCGGUUUCUUCGCUCUCCACAUAUCCGCAGAUGAAUGUCGAAACAUUUGCAUCUUUUCGACGGAUCAAGAUUAUCGAGACAAAAGAGAAAUUGGGGCGGACGAGGUGUGCUCAGAGGCGGAGUUCACUCCAAACCACACAGAUAAUUGGCCGUUCGGCGAGACACGUCAGUCUGCAAAGAAGAAGAAAAUCAACAUGAAUCAAGAGGAAACUGGAAAUGCUCAACGACAGGGAAUAAAAAACAGGAAAAGAAAAGAAGAGAUGAUUGUGGUGAUGAGUCAGAAAAAAGGCAAAGAAAUGGGAAAUUGGGCGAAAAUUCAUAAUAACAAAAAUGGAGAAAUCUGA